ACAGGAAGUUACGUCAGCCCAAAAAACCCUGUAUGAAAGCAAGUUUUUACUUGUCUUUUUUAGGGGACUAGGUCGUUUAUCCCGAGGAAAAAAAUUAAAUAAAAAUAUAGGCAUUUUUGACAAAUCUUGAAUUCAGUUUUUACGUCUCCAACGCUGAAAUAUAAAAUAUUAUCUGCCAACCGUUACUGGGGAUUCCACACAGCAGCAGCAGCAAUGGCAGUCGGGCAGUAAGACACAUGCCGCAACUGUCUGUGGAGCCAAAAACAUUUACAUUGGAGCCGAAAGAAGAUAUUUAAAGCAAAAUGUCUCGGCACCGAAAUGUCCGAGGUUACAACUACGACGAAGACUUUGACGAUGAUGACAUAUAUGGACAGUCUGUGGAUGAUGACUACUGUAUAUCACCAGCAACAGCAAAUCAGUUCAUCUACUCACGUCAAGAGAGGCAAGCACCAAAGGGGGAGACUUUAGAAGAGGAACAAGAUGAAGAGGACGUACCUAUGUCACCUACUGUCAUCCCCAACCUUGACCCUCUUGACCAAGCCAAGCUGUUUUCCUGUCUGGAUCAUAUGCGAACUGUGCUGGGAGAUGCAGUGUCAGAGUCCGUCCUGACCCAGGCAGCCAUAAGAUGUGGAUUUGACCCGCAAAAGGCACUGGAUGCCAUCCUGUCUGAAGACGCCAAGACAGCCCUACUUACCACAAGUGCUGGUGAAGAGACAGCUCCGGUAGCAAGAGUGAACCCGGAGAAAGCGCCGCUUCCACAAAGAACAAAACAAGAGAAAGCUAAAAGCAGAGACGCAUCUGACAAUAAACUGGACUCUGAAGUGGUUCCCAAAGUGGCUCGCAUGACCGUCUCCGGGAAGAAGCAGACCAUGGGCUUCAACGUUCCCAGCACGGGGGAGAACGGCGUUGUCGCUGCCGCCGCAACCCUCCCCUCGGAGGCCACGCCCAAGCGUCCCGAGACUCCGUCCAGAGUGUCGAAGGGAGACGAGCCCUCCACUGUUCCUACCCCGGGCCGCUCCGCCGGAAAGGCCCGGCAGUCGAUCAAUAUCAAAGCUGAACUGGAGAAAAGGCAGGGGGGGAAACCUCUGUUGAAUUUGGUGGUUAUAGGUCACGUGGAUGCAGGUAAAAGCACACUGAUGGGCCACCUGCUGUACCUGCUGGGCCACGUAAACAAGCGCACCAUGCACAAGUAUGAGCAGGAGUCAAAGAAGGCUGGCAAAGCCUCCUUCGCCUACGCUUGGGUCCUGGAUGAAACUGGCGAGGAGAGGGACAGGGGUGUGACGAUGGAUGUGGGCAUGACCAAAUUUGAGACAAAUUCUAAGGUGGUGACCCUGAUGGAUGCGCCAGGACACAAAGACUUCAUCCCCAACAUGAUCACUGGAGCUGCACAGGCCGACGUGGCGGUGCUCGUGGUGGAUGCCAGCCGAGGAGAGUUCGAGGCGGGCUUCGAGGCGGGGGGUCAGACCAGAGAGCACGCCCUGUUGGUGCGCUCGCUUGGCGUCACUCAGCUGGCUGUAGCUGUCAACAAGAUGGACCAGGUAAGCUGGCAACAAGAGCGUUUCCAAGACAUAACCUCCAAGCUUGGCCAUUUCCUCAAGCAGGCAGGAUUCAAGGACUCUGAUGUCUUCUACAUCCCCACCAGCGGCCUGUCAGGAGAGAACCUCGUCACCAGGAGUUCCGUGACCCAACUCACCUCCUGGUACUCUGGUCUCAGCCUGCUGGAGCAGAUCGACGCCUUCAAAGCUCCUCGGAGGUCUGUCGACAAGCCGUUCCGACUGUGCGUCUCCGACGUGUUCAAAGACCAGGGUUCAGGCUUCUGUGUCACGGGAAAGAUUGAGGCUGGUUACAUUCAGACCGGAGAGAGAACACUGGCGAUGCCUCCCAACGAGACCUGCACGGUCAAAGGUAUCACUCUACACGACGAGGCUCUGGACUGGGCUGCAGCAGGAGACCACGUCAGCCUGACGGUCACCGGCAUGGACAUCAUCAAGAUCAAUGUGGGCUGUGUGUUCUGUGAUCCCAAGGAGCCGAUUCGAGUCUGCACUCGAUUCAGAGCCCGAAUCCUUCUCUUCAAUAUCGAGGUCCCCAUCACACAAGGCUUCCCGGUUUUGCUGCAUUACCAAACGGUAAGCGAGCCGGCCACCAUUAGGAAACUGGUCAGCGUUCUACACAAGAGCAGCGGUGAAGUCCUCAAGAAGAAACCAAAGUGUUUGAGUAAAGGUAUGAAUGCCAUUGUGGAGAUCCAAACCCAGAGGCCGGUGGCGUUGGAGCUGUACAAAGACUACAAAGAGCUGGGCCGCUUCAUGCUGCGAUACGUCGGCUCCACCAUCGCUGCAGGGGUUGUCACUGAGAUCAAACAAUGAAGGGCAUUUCCAUCGACACAUCCAGUCAGACCUCAACUGCAAUUCCUCAAGAGACGGGCCCUCGUGGACUCCUGCCUUCAUGCAACCACCGCUCCGCCCGCCACACCGGCUGCUUCACCUUUCUGCUCCGCUCAACACAAACCGCACCGAUACCAUGUGGCAAGAUGCCGAGGAGCGUCCUGCUUCCAACAGGCGCCUCCCCCAGCGGUUUCUCCCCCCCGUCGAACCAUUCAUCCGUCACUCAUUCAAAGUUCUAAAUUCACCCUUUUAUAGUAAUACAUAUUUUUAUUUUCGAUUCCAUAACACAAUCUUACCACGCUGAGAGUUCUACAGUGGAUAAUGUCACUGUACUUUUCCGGAAGGAGACGUAGCCGAUCAUUUAUCUUGAUUGAAAAUGUAGGAAUCCUGAUGUAGCGAACUAUUUAAAAAAAACAGCCAGCUGUUGUGCAGGCAUGUCCUCAACUUCUUGCUCAUGUACGGAGUGAAAGAAUUCCACAUUUCUUUUUUACGUGAAGUUCAGAUGAGGAUUUACAUCACAGCUCUUUUGCAUCAUCACAACAUGAAAUGAGACAGGAGUAACUGAACGACACGUCGUGCAGUAUUUUGCCGGCACACAUUUGAAAUCAUCUCUACCAUAAAUAUGUUUGCAUCUCAAGCCACGCGGCCGAGGAGACGCCGUCCAGUCCGAGGUGGUUUGUGAGCAAAAAAAAGGGAAACUCUCUGGAGGAUGAUACUUGAAAUACUUCUACACUAAAGCACCAACAUGCUUUUUGAAGUGCUCCAUUGUGCUUUUUUUUUUUUCCUCUCAAAGACUCAGCGAAGCAGAGGACGACAACGACGGUUGAAGAAACUGUCUUUGUUUUUGUCGGGUGUCGGGUGGUGGUGCGAAGGAUGACGAUGUAAAAUGAACAUGACAUCAAUAAUGUGUGUUGUGACUUUUGAUUUCGGUGCUAUAAAGGGCCUCUUUCUAGCCUGUAACAAGAGUUAGUAGGAAGGUAAAAAGGGAUUGUUUCCCCAUUAGGGUUGAAAGCGAGACCGAUGAGCGGAAAGACGCCAUUGAGUGCAUGUCGAACAGAGAAUCAUUUGAAAUGGCCACAACACUUAGAGAAGAGCAGGUCCAGUUUUCCAAGCAUCUUCAUAACCGUCAUGAAAACAAAAGACAGUUAAAAGUGCAAAUACAUUAAAGACGAUCAAAGAGUGAAAGUAAAUCACAAGGUAAACAUUCUUUGCUGCAGACACAAUUUAUGAAAUGUUGAAUUGUUUGAAUAAAGUUAGUUGUAUUUUCAACAAACCUUCCUCUAGAGGGAUAAAAGAUGAGUGAAUGUACUCUGCCUUUCAGCAAAGGAUGAUGGUACAAAAAUAUAACAAUAUAGUAUUAAGAUAUUAUUAGAUAAAUAAUUACAAACACAGAUGCCCACAAUGCCAAAUGGGGAUUUUCAUUAGUUUCUAGUGUGAGAUCUUUAUCAACAUAAGUGUGUGAAGGAUUUGUCAGAUGUCUCUGAUUGACAGUGAGUCAUCGCUCCUGUAUGCUUUCACAGUAAAGUGUGUGUCCAUUAAAGUUGGGUAAAGACUA